AUGUUUGGAAAAACUAUAGCCGCCAUCGCUAUUAGCCUCAGUGGAUUGGCACUUUUGCCAAUUCUGUUUGCAGGUGUAUCAAUAUAUAAUGGGAUCAAUACUUUUCAUGAUGAAGCCAUGAUUGAUCUCAGCGAUUUCAAGAAUUACGCGGAUGACGCCUGGCUCAAUAUGAUUCCCGAGACAACAGGAUCAUCCAGAAGAUUUAAUGCUCUUUUGGGUAGAUAUAGAAGAUCUACAGAUGAAUGCGGUUGCGGCGAUCAACCCAAUGAUUGUCCUGAAGGACCACAAGGACCUCCUGGCUCUCCAGGAGACAAAGGAGAUGAUGGCAUUCCAGGAAUACCUGGAGAAGCAGGAAACGCUGGCUCUAUAUCUAGUUUAUUACGUGAAUCUAGAGGAUGUGUUUCUUGCCCACCUGGCAUAACUGGACCUCCAGGACCUGACGGAGAGGCUGGACCAGCUGGGCCUGAUGGAGAUAACGGUGAAAUUGGAGCUCCAGGAUUACAAGGUGAACCCGGACAGGACGGAGAAGCUGGAGAUCAAGGAACGGAUGGUCAACCAGGAAAUGAUGGCCUUCCCGGAGCUCCAGGCGCAAAGGGAGUAAAGGGAGUGCAAGGAUCACCCGGGUUGCCUGGUGCUCCUGGAGAAGCAGGACCAGCAGGAACUCCUGGCUUAGACGGACAAAAUGGAGAACCUGGUCAGGACGGAGAACCCGGCUUCGCGGGAACCGAUGGAAAACCAGGGCUGAGCGGAGAAAAUGGUCCAGACGGAACAGGAGGAGAUGCAGGAUUACCAGGAUCGGAUGCUGCAUACUGCCCUUGCCCUAACCGUUCUUUGGAGGGAUUGAAAGAUUUAGUUCAUUCAGCAACGGAACCAGAUAAUGGUGGAUACAGAAAAGCAGUUAGGCGCGCAAGAGUGGCAGUUUAA